AGAGAGAGAGAGAGAGAGAGAAGGAAGCUUACUUUGACAGACUGUUUACUCCAUCCUCUAAAAUAGCCUACGAAGAGAGAGAUAUGUGUGUGUGUGUGUGUGUGCGCAUGCGUGUCUCUCACACAGCCGCACACAGAGCUGCCAGCAUCUUCAGUUCCAGGCGUGUUCACAUCCGGGUGGUUAGGGAAAGAACAAGAGGGAGGGAGGGAGAUGGAGAGAGAGAGAGGACCAAUGAGGGAGAUGGAGAGAGAGGACCAGGGAGGGAAGGAGAGAAAGAGAAACUGACAGAAUAUCUGCAGGUUAGUGUGAGAUUCAGCAGCUAGAACGAUCAUUUAGGACUGGAGAAGAGAGGAAGGCUCAUUUAGGACUGGAGAAGAGAGGAAGAGAGGAAGGCUCAUUUAGGACUGGAGAAGAAAAAGAAGAGAAGAAGGGAAGAGGAGGGGAUAAAGAAACAACAAAAGAGCAGAAGAGAGGGAAGGAGACACAAUAUAAGAGGGAUAGAGACAAGGAAUAAGAACUCUUGAGAGAAGGAUAGGAGAGCAGGAGAGGAGAAGAGUAGAGACUCGGUGUAUAGAGAAACCAAAGGAAAGAGGAGAGGCGGAGGGGAGAGGCGGAGAGGCGGAGAGGAGAGGCAAAGAGGAGAGGUAGAGAGGAGAGGUAGAGAACAGAGGUAGAAAGAAGAGGCAGUCGAGAGAAUAGUAGAGAAAUCGACAGGAGAGCAUCAGUAGAGAGAGUCAGUUCAGAGGUAGAAGCAGAGGAGAGACAGGCAUGGUCUGGGGGGCUCUGUCUCCUCUGCAGUGGGCUCGGUGGGGCUGGGACACCCUAUACAGAGACACCAGCCCUGGGGAUGGGGACAGCCCUACUAACCCUACUCUGGGGAUGCUCCAGAGACUGUCCUGGGGGUCCCAACACCAUGCCAUGAUCCUGGCCAGACAGAGGAGCUCAGACUCUGACGGAGCGUUCGAGACACCGGAGUCGACCACCCCUGUCAAGUCCCCCACUGGAGAGACAGACCAUCAUACCCAGCUGCUGACCUCGGAAGACACCGGUCUUGGCUGUGACUCUGAGGCAGAUGGUGAACCCAGGUCAGAAGCUAAAGGUCACCAUGGUAGCUCCCUGUCCAUAGUCUUUGACGAGGACAAGCCCAUAGCUGCUAGCGGAGCCUAUAACCUAGACCAGCUCAUAGCUGCUGCUGCUGCUGCUGCUGAGGCCCAGAGCCGAUCAACUCUAACCCGCUCUCUGAGCCUCCAGGCUGGGGAGCUAGACGGCUCCGGCCCCCUAGACAGCGUAGGAUCCUCCCUCUCAAUCGAAGACUCCCGUCCCUUGGCUGAGGCCUUUAGUAUCGACAGUGGUACUGAGAGUGCUCCUGGGACCCUCCGCAGACCGUCCAAGAAGGGGCCUCUCCGCCCUGGCGGCUCCCUGAAACAGAAGCCUCUCCUCAGGCAGAGCUCUAACCCAGAGAGCCCCCAACCUCCAUCCUCUGGUAUCACACCGGAGCUGAAAAAGAGCACCAGAACAUCUAGCCCCCUAUUGGGUUCCGAGGACCCGGAAGUAGGAGGAGCCACAACAGACUCUGGCCCUGCCUCGGCCACGCCCAGUCCAGGAGGCACGCUCCGCAGAACCAGGAAGUCAUGCGUGGAAAGCCCCGCCGCUCUCAUUGAAGAGACCAAUCACACUAGCCCAGCGACAGAUAACCAACCAAUCCCAACCCCUACUCCUGUUCCGACCCAGGAGGAUACCCCCAUCCCAGUGCCGGAAGCCCCUCUCCCAGCCAGUGAGGGCUCCUCUCCCAUCCCCCCUAGUGGGGCCUACAAAUGGGACCCAGACAACUUUGAGGACAUCGACCCAUUCAACACCGGAGGUAGUAAAGUCGCUAACUCCCCCCCGUUGGGACGGAAAGGAGUCGCUAACUCCCCCCCGUUGGGACGGAAAGGAGUCGCUAACUCCCCCCCGUUGGGAAGGAAAGAAGUCUCUGCGUCCAUUGCUCAUAAAACUGUCACCCCUGUGUCUAACCUCCCUCCUGUCUCUACUGAGGAACAAGCUCGUCCCUCUACCAGCCCCCCUAUUCGCACCUCAGGGGCGGUCAGACUGGAGUUUGACUAUUCUGAGGAGACCCUCGAGGAGCCUCCUAAGGCCUCUCCACCUCCCAAGAAGCUGGGCAGGAAGCCAGGCUCCAAGAUGCCUCUGAGGAAGCCCAGGAUGGGCCUGAAGAAGGUCGUCCAGCCGCCAUCAGAAGCCCUCGACAACACGCCCGCCACCGUCCCCGGUGAUGACCUCCCUAUCCAUAAGGCUUCCUAUAACUUUGACCCCGCCCAGUGGGACGACCCUAACUUCAACCCGUUUGGCUCUAACAGCGAGAUCCCCGUCUCUCCCAAGCUGAACAAACCCUCCUGUAGAUUCGACUCUGACACCUUCGACGAGUCUGCUGCCUUCAAGUCCUCCUCCAAUAGCAUGGCUGCGUCUCCGCCCACGGCUGCUUCAGGCUCCGCCUCCUUUGAGGUGUCGGCCAAUGACAAUGACGUUGAUAACGAUAAUGAUAACGUUGGUGAGCUGGAGGACCACAACCAGAACAAACCAUCCAAAACGAAGAAGAAACCUAUCAAAUCGAACACUUUCAGAGUCAAGAGGUCCCCAAAGAGGUCGGCCAUGUCUGAUCCAUCAUCACAAGAGCCCACCCCAGUAGAUGAAGCCCAGCCUCCUAUCCCCCCGCUACAGGACGACCACGCCACAGACGAGGAGAAGCUGGCCUCUUCCUCCAAUCACAAAGAGAAGCUUGCUUCCUCAGCCAAUCACAAAUGGGCAUCCAUGGAGGCGGAGCUAACCUCUGACCCCCAGGAGGAGUUCCCGCAGCCAUCUGACCUCACAGCCUUCGUCAACGAGAACAAUCGAGUGCCAGACUAUGAGAUUGAGUACAUGGAGAAGAUCGGCCCCCCUUCGCCGACUCUGUUUGUGAAGAAACCUUCAACUCUCUACCUGAAGCUGGACUCUGUGACAGACAGCCUGACCAAGCCUAACCAAGGAUCAGAACUCAACUCUCCCUGCACAGGGUACAACACACUGGGAAGUUUUGAGGAGAUAGAGGCCCAGAUCACAGCCCAGAUGAAGACUCCUGUGCUGGGCUCAAGACCUUGUCCAGAAGGGUCUCGACCCGGUCUUGAGGGGUCCACUGGAGAGAAAGAGAAGACCAGGAAGAGAGAGAGCCAGUCACUCAGCCGGACACAGAGCACAGACAUUGAGCAUGGUGCGAAACCCACCCAGGGCUCUAUGGAGGUCCAAGGUCCAGCCCCUGGCCCAUCCCCAGACGUACCCUUCUUAGCCAGGCUGUCUGAGUGCCCUGACCCCCUAGCCUACCUGGAGGCUGUGGAGACUGACCUGGCAGAGACCAACCCCACUGCUUUCGCCCUCAAACUACAGGAGGAACUGGUUCUAGCUGCUCUGAGGAUAGAGGCUCUUCAGGUAGCCAAAUACAUCUCAGACAGCCCCUCCCUCUCCACUGUCACCCCCCAGCAGAGAGACAGAGAAGUGAUGUCAUCGACGCUGGACAGGGACUGCGCGGAUACCAAGAGUUCUCUAUACACCCGGACAGCGGGCUACGGAGAGGGGGAGAGGGACAGCACCUACCCACCCAAAGACAUGGAGCACUCCCUGGGCAUCGCACGAGAAGAGAUCGUGUCCAAGGAGAAGGAGGUACUGGAGUGGCAGAGGAAAUACGAGGACAGUCGACAGGAAGUGCUGGAGAUGAGGAGAAUCGUGGCAGAGUAUGAGAAGACCAUUGCACAGAUGAUUGGGCUGCCAGACGAUGAGCAGAAGGAUAAGUCUCUGUCUCACCACACCAUCCAGCAGCUGAUCAUAGAGAAGGACCAGGCUCUUUCAGACCUCAACUCUGUAGAGAAGAGUCUGGCUGAACUGUUCAGACGUUACGAGAAGCUGAAGGAUGUCCUCGAGGGCUACCGCAAGAAUGAGGAGGUGCUGAAGAAAUGCGCUCAGGAGUACCUGUCCAGGGUCCGUAAGGAGGAACAACGUUACCAGGCCCUGAAGAUCCACGCCGAGGAGAAACUAGACAAGGCGAACUCCGACAUCGCCCAGGUGAGGAUGAAGUCCCGUCAGGAGACAGCAGCGUACCAGGCCUCUCUCAGGAAGGAGACUAUGAAGGUGGACUCACUGGAGAGAACUCUUGAGCAGAAGAACAAAGAGAUCGAAGAACUGACCAAGAUCUGUGACGAGCUGAUCGCCAAGAUGGGAAAGAGCUAGCAACACUGAAUACGUCCAUGUCUCCAGGGCCUGAGGGGAAGGAGUGGUAGAAGAAUAGAAGAAAGAUAAAGAGAGAGGAUGUGGUUCUCUUUUACGUCCAAACCUUCACUUUGGACUGAUGGGCAGCUGGACAGAUGGACAGUUGAAGCCAAAGUGGUUUCUGGAUUUAAUAUACUACUGACUGACUGUGUACAUGUAUCUACUGGCAUCAUUGCACCCCCAGAGUAUUGGGGAGGGUCAAUGGUUUUCUUCUGUUUCACCCAGUACAUUUUGAUGUGCCAAUGUGUAAAACAUGUCCUGUAUCAGGGAUCCGGUGAAAGAGUGUUUUGAAAUGUACUCUAUAUCAUAAAUGAGAGAGAGAGUGUGAUGUGUGUGGGUGUGUGUGUGUGUGUGUGUGUGUGUGUGUGUGUGUGUGUGUGUGUGUGUGUGUGUGUGUGUGCGUGUGUGCGUGUGUGGGUGUGUGUGGUGUGUGGGUGUGUGUGGUGUGUGGGUGUGUGGGUGGGUAUGUACAAGUGUGCAACUCAGUCUCAUGUACACAUUUACAGUUUGUACACAUGUUGUGGUGUGUGUGUGUGUGUGUGUGUGUGUGUGUGUGUGUGUGUGUGUGUGUGUGUGUGUGUGUGUGUGUGUGUGUGUGUGUGUGUGUGUGUGUGUGUGUGUGUGUGUGUGUGCGUGUGUGUGAGAAAGCGUGUGCGUGAUAGAGAGAAAGGUGAGUGCAUUGAUUGAAGAUAGACCGAUAUGCGAUGUGGUUGCCAUGACAGCAAAUGAUGGGGACAUACGGUUCCCUCUUCCAACUCCUGCUGAGUCUUCAAUCCUCAACACUAGAGAGUGAAACACAGAGGAAAAGAAAACCACAUACAUACAUACAUAUAUAUAUAUAUAUAUAUAUAUAGAAUAAAUCAAUGAAUCGUUCAGUCAAUAAGAAAUAUACUUGAUCACAGAGAACUGCAUGUGGAAGUAGAAAACUAUAAACGUUCUUUUUGUUUUGUAAGUAGGAAGUUGAUGAUUAUAAUAGAGAUAUAUAUAUAUAUAUAUAUAUAUAUAUAUAUAUAUAUAUAUAUCUGCAUUUUGAUACAAUAUUGUGUUUAAAUGGCUUCCCUUGGUCGUGUUAUCGUGCAGAUACUUUGUGACGCGUAAUUUUAUGUCAUAUCUUUUCUUGGAGAAAAAAACUAAACGUGUGAUGGGAUUUUAUUUAUUUUAAUUUGAAUAUUGAUGACGAUGAACGGUAAUUAUUCCUGUAAUAAUCAGGUGUUGGGACUGAGGGAAAAGUAAAGUAAUUUAAUCUUGGAUCUCUAUGUCACAGUCCUGUUAUAAUUGAUGUGUUCACAAGGUGGAAGCAAUUUUUUAAAAAGAGCUCUGCACAGCUACACGUCUGGGUUCAAAUGGUGAGUGUUUGUUUUGGCCUAGAGUGCCAAAUGGGCGGAGUUUGCAGUUUUGGGACGAUUCUAUUAAUCUGUUAAACCAGGCAAGAUCAAAAUCAAGCACAGAUAAUGUAAUUGAAUUGAUUUCUAAUACUAUUUGAACCCAGGUCAGCUAUAGUGUACAGCAUCUGAAACAUGGGAUAAAGGAUGACAAUAGAAACAUGGGAUGUGGCUUCUUUGAAAAAUAAAAACAAAAACAACAAACACCUUUCAAAGUGAUUAGGCCAGCGUUUCCCAACCUAGGGGUCGCAACACCACGUGGGGUAGCCUGAUAUGAAAAUGGAGUCCUAGGAGGAAAAUGAAAAUUGCACACACGCACACACACACCUAGGAUUCUCAGUGCUGUGGGAAUGACAGAAACGGUCCCUGUGUGUCGUGUUUAUUUCAGAACACCUCUGUUCAUUUUUUUAUGUUUGUGGUGUGCAUAUGCCUUCACACUCAACAGAGUGAAUUCAGCACUAAAUGUUAACAUUUAGUUCCUGUCACCCUAUACAGAGUAGAAAAUGAACACUGGCUGUGUGAAAUUCACAAUACGCUGGAGUGAACUAAUUAGUAUUGCACUCACUCUACAGUGGAAUAAAAUGUAAUUAAACUGUGUGAUCUAUUUC